GAACAGUGGAGAUGCUAUUAGAGAAAAAAAUACUUUCUCUCGUUGGUGGAAAACCCAACAAAAAAAGGACCCUGAAGUUAGUCAAGUGGCUGCAAAAAAAACAUCUGCUACAGGCCAAAAUGAGGUGCAGAAGAUGCCACCAUAGAAUGAAGCUAAUACUAAAUGCAAACAAAAUAGACUACUGUGAAUGGGUCUGCAGAAGGCAAACACACAGAGGAAGAUCAACAACCAAGUCGCCAAGGUCUGGAUCUUUGUUUGAGAGAUCAAAAUGUACCCUAUUCAAUUGGAUGAAAUUCAUCUACAGAUUUGCACAAGGGCUUCGCUUGAGGCAAAUUGAUAUGCUCAGGGAAGGGAUUACUGGAAGUUCUCGAACACUCUCCAAGAUGGCAAAAACACUGAGGAGAGUCUGUCGCCACUCAAUGAAGGCAUAUGUCAGAAGAAAGGGCCAAGUCGUUGGACGACACAGGGAAUUUGUCAUGAUUGAUGAGAGCAACUUCCGUCAUAAACGAAAGUAUGGACGAGGAAGGUUUGCACAGACAUGGGCUCGAAGAAAGUGGGUGUUCGGGAUUCUUGGAGUUUCACAAAGAAGAAGGAGGCCUAUUCUGAGACUGGUUAAGCGUAGGUCUAGACAUCACCUGGUACCCUUAAUUGAGCGGCAUGUGUAUCCUGGAAGCCAAAUCAUCAGUGACGAAUGGCGGGCUUACAGAGGCAUACUCACCAGGCUUGGCUAUCAACAUUUCUCUGUGAACCACAGUCGAUGGUUUGUGGACCCAAGAACAGGAGGCCAUACACAAAAUCUAGAGAGAGCAUGGUCUACUUUCAAAGGGUAUGUAUGGCGGAUGAGAGGGAACAGAACUGAGUCCAUGCUAAAGGAGCACCUCUUCCUAAUUGAGUGGACUUAUUGGCUUGGCAACCGCCACAGAGAUGGUCCACUUGGGAGAUUGCUGAAGGACAUUCGGCACAUGUUCCACUUAUAAGGUGUUUCAUUUGUAGGUCAUGCAUGUAAUCCUAGGGAAAAUCUUUAGCUUUGUUAGGCUCUGUUUUUGCUCGGUUUAGAUUUUGCUUUUGUUUUUUACCGUGGUCUGUUUGGUUCUGGUCCUUUGAUUUUGAAUGUAGCUUGUCCUUUUGUAUUAUAUUUUGGUCCUUUUGUUUAUUAAAAUACCUGUUUGUUUAAGCGACCUUCGUGUGUGCCUGUGUCCUGCUACCCCUGUUGCAUUGUGACAACCUUACUAUAAAGAUCUUACAUUUUAUUUAUCUUUAAUUAUAAUCAAACA